AAAAAUUUUCUUCUAUUAUAUAUUUUUAGUACCAAAUUUAUGCUAGUAUUAAGACUAGAUAAAAUUUUCAUUGUUUCCAACCAAGAAGUCUAAUUACAACUUUCAUGUAACUUACUGUAGCUUUUUCUGUUUUGCUAAAACAUUUUACAGCAUCGCCGCUAUUUCCGAUUCAGACUCUGCGUCCUCCGUACUAAAAUUGCGCGCUAAUUGGAUACUCUGGUUUUUUCUUGAUUUCUGGGCCUAAAAUUGAAGUUAAGCAUUUUUGGAAGCACAGAUCGUCACGAGACAAAUCCCAUGCAGAUCAAAACCCAAAGUAUGAUAUCUUUUCCAAAGAAAAAUCAACAAAAUAAAAAACUUUUAAAGAUUUCUCUAAAAAUUGAAAUUUUACAGUUUCCGUAAGAACAAUCUUAACUUUUCUUGAGCCUAAAGUUUUUAAUUUUUGGCCUUCUUAAUGCUAGUUUCUUAUAAACCAGCUUCUUAUAAAAAACGUGUAGUUUGUAUGUUAAGACAAAGUAAAUGACACUUUAUUCCGUAAAAAUGUGUUUUUGGUUUUGUUUGCUCAUAUUAUUUCCUGUUUUUUAGCCACGGGGGCAAAUUGUUCCUGCUUUUGAACCACGACAAAUUAUUGAUUUCUUCAGUUCUGUCAAGAGGUUUUUACAAAAUAUUUAUUACACAGAAGAGAGAACCUCCUUAAUUACGUUGAAUCCCCUUAUCUUUGACCUCUGGCUUCUGGAUCUUUGGAUUUGCGUUCGAAGGACGAAAACGAUGGAAGAACAAAAAAAGUUGUUUGUGAAAACUAUGAGUUCGGAUAACAAGUAUGGCAGGCAAGAUAGCGAUACAUCUGGUAGUAGCUCAAUUGUCGACAGCCCCAUAUACACGAAAUUCACUGGAAAACUUUUAUCUCCCCACGACAUGGAAUUUCAACGCUGCAAGCUCAUAUUUUUUAACGCUGCACUUCACAGUUGUAAUGCUAGAGCCUUUGCAAUUGUAGAGACAGUCGAUGAUGUCAAAUAUGCACUAAAGUAUUGUCAAGAACACGGCUGCCCAUUAUGUGUAGUCAGCGGAGGACACAGUGACUAUGGAAUACGGAAUGGUGCAUUCGUUGUCAGUCUGUCCAACUUGAAAAAGAUUAUCGUUGAUCCUCAAAAGCAGAUUGCAUUUGUGGAACCUGGUGCUCUCCUUGGAGACCUAGAUGUAGCUAGUGUAAAACACAAUCUGGCAACUCCCCUUGGAACUGCAAGUACUGUUGGCAUUGGGGGCCAGGCUUUGGACUUAGGAAUGGGGUUUCUGACACCCCUUUUUGGGUUUCUGAUACAAAAUGUCAUUGAGUAUGACCUUGUUACAGCAGAUGGAGAGGAAAUAAAAGUUAAUGAGAAAUCUCACCCUGAUUUAUUCUGGGCAAUGAAAGGAUAUGGCGCAAACUUUGGCAUUGCUACAAGGUAUACAAUAAAGCUACACAAAAUUCCUCCAGUUAUGGUGGGAGGGCGCUGCUAUUUUUCUUGGCAUGAUGCAAAAGUAGCAGUAAAGCAUUUCAGGACUGUCCAGGACAUCAUGAAGCAGCGUUGUUUUGUGGGAAAUGUCAUCCUUCAUAUCGCCAAAACAAGCUUUCAGGUUUUCUAUCGAUUACUUUAUGUUGGAAGCACGGACGACGGCUUUGCUGCGAUUAACAUGCUGCUGCAAUCUUGCACUGCUGUGCCGCUUUAUAAGGACAUCCAACCCGUUGCUUAUGAUGUAUUUCAGAAAUCGUGCGACUUUCUGUAUGAAGGUGGCAUGCACUUCUAUCAGAGUCCAGGUCAUUUCUUAGAAGUCUUAUCAGAUGAAUAUAUUGACACCGUGGUCGACUCGCUCUCCGCCCUGAAUGUCAAAGACAACUACUGCACCGUUGUCUAUUUCUCUUCCUUGGGAGGCGCAUUGAAAGAAAUUCCCAGAGACUCUUCUCCGUUUUUAUUCAAAAAUGCAAAUUGGUGGGUGGGCGCUGUUGGAUCCUCUGCUGAAGAAAGUGGUUACCAGAAAGUGUGCACUGUAAUCAAUGGAAUAUUCACAAAACUGCAAUCCCAUGCUAUGACCGCAAAGCCGUCAGAUGUUUCGAUGACUGAACAAAAAUUAAAAGCCAUCAAGCAAAAGUAUGACCCAGAAAAUUUGUUUAAGAACAACCCUUGCAACAUCUUACCUUGAGAAAAUGUGACGUUCAAUGCGUCGGAAAGUGAUAAGUCUGCUUGCUUAUGCAAUCCUCCUUGCUGCUGGCCUCAUGAUGUUGAUCAUUGAACUUUAGAUGUGCCGAGAGCCACCAGUUGACACAUCUGUUAAAAAUGCUUUGAAAAAACAACUCCUUUGCCGACGUAGCUUAAUCAAGUAUUUUAAAUGAUGCUAUCUCCAGAAAGUUUGCUUGUCGAUUUCAUAGUCGUUGCUGGUAGAUAGAGCCCUAAAGUUCACGAGAAAGAACGCUUCUCUCAGUUUAUCAAUCUGGCUUCGAACUUUUUCGUCAUUUUUUAAACAUUUUGAUAAAUGUUUCUUGUAAUUUUUUCAUUGAACAGCUUUUUUAGCUGUUAUCGUAUCGUUUUUAAUUUUUAGUGAAAAAAAUAUGAUAACAUUGCAUUUGGUUAAUUUAUAUGAGUUUUCUCAUAUAAAGUUUAGCAUGAGUUUACUUUAUAUGAACACUAUUACUGUAAAUUGAGAGUUCGAGGUGGAGAAGUAUUUGAAAAAUCUUGGUACUGAAAAGUUUCAUUUAGCCAAGGACAUUUCGUAUUUCUAUGAUCAUUAGCUUUGGCCUAGUUCUUUUUGAAAGAAUUUGUGCGGCCUCAUAAUAAAAGGGCUGCAAAAACUUUUAGCUGCUGAGACAUGAACUGGGGAAAGGGGGAUUACUAACCCUUUAAUUCCAUACAUGUCCGAAAAAUGUGACCCAUAAUACCGCAAACAUGAUGAAAACUAUACCCAUAAUUCCGUAAAAGAAAAUUUUUCAAGACACAACAAAAUCAUCAAACAAAUUAAUGUCUUUUGCCCCAAAAUCAUUUUGUUUUCAUUUUGUUUGUGUCAUUUCAUUAAAUCUUUGGACAUUCAUUUUGUUAAUGCUAAAUUUCCCUCUUGAUGCUUUUGCAGUAUAUUUCCCAAAAUGGUACCGAUACACUGUUAAUGCUGCACUUUUCAGGAAAAGUACCCCUAGAUAAUGGCACGUCCCCGUACCUUAAAACAUGUUUAUGUACCCCCCCCCCCAAUAUAGUAGGACUAACCUCACGUUAUCAUGUAAUUAUAGCCUCGAUUACGUUUGUAUAUAGAAUGUAGCCAUUAACCUCCAAUCCAGUCAAUUACUUACUUAUAUCACGAGUCGUUUUCUUCAUUUCGUGAGUUACUCUAAAGUAGCUGACUUUUGUCUCUGUUACACCAAGGACAUGCAAUGUGUCAUCUCGAAUUAAAUUUGAACAAAAACAUUUGAAACUUUUAAUGAUCCAGCUUAGAUUUCAGAU